AUGGCUUCAGUAGCGCGCUCAAGGUUGGACCCAAAGAAGUACCAGGACUGGGACUCGGUGAUGGCCAAGUUCGUCGGCGCGGCCAAUAUCCCCUUCGUCCUGCACCUGCUCCAGCUCCCUAAGAUCGUCCUCAACACCCGCAACCUCCUCGCUGGCAACAAGUCCGUGUUCUUCGCCAUGCCGUGGCUCGUGUCGUGCGCUCCCAAAUUCGUACCUCAAAUUUCACCUGUUCUUUGUCUCUGA